ACCGUCAAUCAAAAUAGAAAAAAAUCGACCCGAAUUCACCGAUCAACACUAGCCCGCCUUUGAUAAAACAAUCAUGUUCGGAGUUUAGUUGAUCAGAUAAUCCUCCCGCUUACUACCAUUCACGCUAUGACUGGUACGUAAACAUUUAGCGCAUCGAAGCGUGCAACUAAUCGCGCCAGAGCAGCCUCUGAAACAAGGAGAAAUGGCGUCCGCGGACGUGGACAGCAGUCAAAGCGAGUUUCUGCAACCCGGCGGCGCAGCGGAAACACAGACAACAGAUAUGUCGGCCAUUCAGCUGACGGGUUCAGACCGAUGGGAGGUGUUAACUCCUGUCUCAACUGGGAAGGAAGACCAGGGAGUUGUUCACAUUCCAAACUCUGGGAUCGUCACGUCCAACGGGCAGUAUGUGCUUCCUAUUGGGAGUCUUCCCAGCCAGCCCAUUUAUGUUACAGCAUCUGGGAAUGAGGCUGCAGCCAAUGGAGUGUCAGGCAUUCAGUAUCAGGUCAUCCCCCAAAUCCAAAAUGCAGAUGGGACACUUGCAGGAUUCCCAACACAAGGAUUGGAUGAUGGCACAGGGCAGAUCCAGCUCCUCCAAGAUGGAAGCCAGGGCAGCAUCGGGAUCAGUUGUGGUACGACAGCGACCACAGACCUGCUGACGCAGGCAGGGCAAGUACAGUCAAUCCAAGGUGUCCCGCUGGCUGGGGGGACAGCAUACACCAGCACAGUACCUGUAGGAAUCCCCAGCAACAUAACAUUCGUCCCCAUAAAUAGUGUGGAUCUGGAGUCACUAGGGCUCACAGGUGCGCAGACGGUCCCCAUUGCAACUGGGGUGACACCCGAGGGCCAGCUGAUAAUGAGCGGCCAGACGCUGGAGAGUCAAGGUCAGGACGCUGGUGGCAAACAGUCACUGGUGACUGUGAGCGAUGCCAACCAAGAGCUCUACGUGCCAACCACCACUACCACUUCCUCUUCCAACUCCUCCCAACUCCCGGAGACCAUUGAUGGCACUGGGGUUCUGACCCAAGCAACCGCUGUGUCUGCAGGCGUGUCUGACCCUUCCUCCUCUGAGAACUUCAACUCCCACAACCACCUGCAACAAAUCCAGGUGUCAUCCUCUAACGCCACCACUAUCUCGCAGCCCAUCCUGCAGCUGUCUGGGGACAGUCAGGCCCAGGUAGCGCAGGUGGCUCCAGGUCAGGACCUGAAUGCAGCAGCAGGUCAGACUCUACAGAGUGUGCAGCUGGUCAACCCAGGGACCUUCCUCAUACAGGCCCAAACUGUCACCGCUACAGGACAGAUCCAGUGGCAAACCUUCCAGGUUCAGGGUGUCCAGUCACUCCAGGGGCUCCAGUUGCCCCAGGGGCAAGGUCAGGCCCAGCAGUUGACCUUAGCCCCAGUUCAGACCCUCCCUCUGGGCCAGGCAGGCCAGGUCAGCCUACCCAACCUCCAGACUGUCACAGUCAACUCUGUAACACAAGCGGGAGUUCAGUACACACAGGGAGAGGAUACAAACAGUCCAGCUGGUAUACAGAUAAAAGAGGAGCCAGACUCUGAGGAAUGGCAGCUGAGCGGUGACUCCACGCUGAACCCCAGCGACCUGAACAACCUGCGUGUUCAGAUGGGAGACGAGGAAAUGGAGACGCCGAGCGGGGAGGGCAAGAGGCUCCGCAGAGUAGCCUGCACCUGCCCCAACUGCAAAGAGUCUGGAGGAAGAGGCUCAGGCAUGGGGAAGAAGAAGCAACACAUCUGCCACAUCGCCGGCUGCGGGAAGGUUUACGGGAAGACGUCUCAUCUCCGAGCUCACCUGCGCUGGCACAGCGGGGAAAGACCCUUCGUCUGCAACUGGAUGUUCUGCGGGAAGAGGUUCACCAGGAGCGACGAGCUGCAGAGACACAGGAGGACACACACAGGAGAGAAGAAGUUUGUGUGCACGGAGUGCUCCAAGAGGUUCAUGCGGAGCGAUCACCUGGCCAAGCACAUAAAGACUCACCAGAAUAAAAAAGGCGGGGUUCCCUCCUCCACGUCUCCGCCCACCACCGACGCCGUCAUCACCGCCGACGGAACCACGCUCAUCCUGCAGACCGCCACCCACGACCUCGUAACCAAUCAGGAGAUCCCUUUGCAGCUGGUCACCGUCGCGCCCGGUGAGGUCAUGGAAUGAGGGGGUGAAUGGGGUGAGGUGGCUUUUUGAGAACUGGCCUAUCACAGGGACCUCUUGGGCUCUUCUCCUCCCCCCUCUUACCUUUUUUUGUUUUGUUUUUUUUUUACAUAUGAAUAUAUACGUAAAUAUAUAUGACAAAUAUAUAUAUUUUAAGUAAGAGUUAUCAUGACUUUAUGUUUGUUUUUUGCAGUCUUUUUAUAGGCGGGCAAAAAAAAAACAUUAAAAUGUGGUUGCUAUGUACACGCGUAAACACACUCACAUUCUCACACUCACACACGCACACACACCCAAGAAAACACACAUUAACACUCAAAAAAAAAAACCCAACAUGAAUACUCAACACAAUGAAAUGCCUUAUUUUGUAUCAUACUCUUGUAUAAAAUGCUGGAGGUGCAUGUGUUUUUUAAGCUUUGCAGAUGAUGUAACUGUAACGGAGACAAAUGUGUUUGUGAAAUGGAGAAGAUAAUGACGAGGAGGAGUUUCUGGUAGAGAGAAAACGAAGUAGUGAACCUCUCUGGGAUUAAUUUGAGUUCUUGUCUCUGGAGAGUUCUGACAAAACUGAGCGCUCUGUUUGAAGCAGCGCAACAUCCAUGCUGAGCUGUUGCACCGCUGCUGCUCUUUUUUUUUUUAAGGCAUUGUGUGACAUUUUGGGAAAUAUGCUUUUUCGCUUUCUUACUGAGAAGUUGGAUGAGAAAAGUGAUACCACUCUCAUGUUUGUACAGUAAAAAUUAAGCUACCACCAGCGGCUGGUUAGCUUAGCUUAGCUUAGUAUAAAGCCCAGCUCUGUUCAAAGAUUGAUGUUUUUCCACCUUGGUUUUUGUACUUCUUAAACAAACAAGAUGCAGCGUGUUAAUUAGAGGGGGCUGUAUAGGUGCUGGUAGGAGCCAGUCCAACUGUUUUCCCCGUUUCUCAUUUAAUUCUCAGCAAGAAGUCGAAUCAGCGUUUUCCCUUGGAAUGUGGAGUUUUUCCUUUGCUGCAGCUGUCGCCCAAUCAUUGACAGCCCGCAGGACGGUGACGCUGAUGUCAGGCCAUGCUGUUUCAAACAGAGUGGGAGGUUCAGGCAGUCAGAGAAGGACGACAGUGCCACUGUUUACUGAUCUGAAGUUGUUUGCCCACCCCGAGGGGUGGCAAAAAAUAGAUGCAAGCCGCUCUGAAAAAGAGCAACUUCUUCCAGCAUCCGGUCAGUCUGAACAGAAUGUCUCAUCUGUCCUCACGAGCACACCGUCCGCUGUGCUUGUCUCUAUUUUUCUUUCCUUUUGCAUAUUUUUGUUGUAAAUUUGCAUCGUAUUUCGUUUUUUCCGUGUCCCUUCUCUGGUCCGGGUGUCGUCUAAGUCAAAGCCACAUGAUGGUGAUCAUAGGUUUUCAAAGCGUAGAGCGGUUACCUCUGAAUUCCCGCAAGGCUUUUUUUUUUUCGUUGUCAUUGUCAGCCGCACAUGGCUGCAGGAGGAGAGCGUGCGCCGAUGUUGCCAUGUGACAAAAACUGAGAAUCGGAUGCAACAAAUCAGCGAGCCCCCGAGGGCGUUUUUGUCAUCGAACAUUCCAGUUGGACACCAGAUGAUGUGGGAUUAGUUUUGCAAUAACUGCUCUGUUGAUAAUUCUGGCCAGAUGUCACUCAAGUCAAAAGGAAAACAAUCAUGCCAUUGUUUGUUGUUUUUGUUUUUUUAUUUUAAUUAAUGUAAUCCCUUCCUCCCUUUGUCCUUGCGUUUGUAGCAUUCAUUUACAUGUAUAUUACCUUCUUUUCACAUUGUUUAUAGAAGCCAUUACUUAGUUAACUGAAUUUGUUGUAUCAAAACCUUAUUUUAAGUGAUUUUUUUAAAGAAUUGGUGUAAAAAUUGAAUGUUACCUUUUGUAAAACAUUUUUUCAAAUGGAUCACAAUAAAAGUCUGAAAUGUU